AUGGUCAGACGAAACCGAAUUAAUAUUAAAACGGCUUGCCGUAUAACAUACACCGUGACAUGCGGUAAAACCCUGAUUUCCACGCAGGGAGGAGACUGCUGGAAUGCAUCGCUGCUCACCCUCUGCAGGUGCAAUCCUCGCUGCCGCCUGAUUGGCUGCAGGUGCAUCCUUGUCCUCGCGCUCAGCCAAUCAGCGGGCCGUGACGUCAGGGCGGAUUCAAAGGUUUGACCAGAUUUGUUUCCAUCGGUGGUUCAGGAAGAAGCAGCGGCGGCCAGCUCACCUGAGCAGGUAGAUUUGUCCGAGGUUGUUUCAGCGCACCUGACCGCCAUGUCAGCCCCAGCUCCUCAGAGUUCCAAAGUGCAGCAGUUGGACAUCCUGGACCCGAAAUUCCAGCAGCAGCUGGAAAAUGCUCGGGUGCAGGUCAGGCAGGAGAUCCAGCUGGAGCUGAAGAUCAAGGAGGCGGCCGAGAGGAUGAGACGGGCCUAUACCAGCCGGAGGGGCGCCGCCGACGUGGAGGGGGAGGUGAAGGCGUCCAACCGGAAGCUGGAGGAGUUGCAUUGGCAGCUUCAGGAACUCAACGCCAUGUCCAUGGCUACAGAGAAGGACAACCAUGCAGCUGCGACUCCAGAGAAGGAGGAGAAACAGUCGUUAGAGUCGUGUCAGUGGGAGGAAGUGACAUCACCGCUGGCCAGUCGGGUCAGAACUUUGAAGAAACAGCUGACGAUGGAGACCAAAGUCAAACAGGGCGCUGAGAACAUGAUUCUGACCUACACCAACAGCUCCUUCAAGGACCGGAAGAUGCUCGCCACGGCCCAGCAGAUGUUACAGGACAGCCGGACCAAAAUCGAGCUGCUGAGGAUGCAGAUCAUUAAAGUCAGCCAGGCCCGAGAAGGAGGCGGGUCGAUUGGUCCCAACGAGGAGGUCAUCAGUCCCCUGGAGCUGCGAGUUACUGAGCUCAUGCACCGCAUGGGUAUCGAAUCUGCCGUGGCUGAAGGAGCGAAGAACGUGGUGAGGCAGCUGAGCGAGCGGAAGAUCCAGGAGCGUAGAGUACUGACUGAGGCCCAGGCCCGGGUGGAGGAGUCGUCACAGAAGGUGGACCUCCUGCGUCUCUCCCUGCAGAAACGUCUGAAUGAGCUUCCUCAGGAUCAUCCCUCAUGCGCCGCAAUCAAAGAGACUCUGCUUUCUGGGAUCCCGCCGUCUUACGGAACGCCGAAGAAGCAGGCGCACUCUCUGUCAUCUUCCUCAUCCUCCUCUUCGUCCUUCUUCAGACCGGCUAGUCUAACAGGUCGCUUGGAGGUUUGUCUGAUGGGGUGUCAGGACCUGCUGGAGUCCGUUCCGGGUCGCAGCGCCUCCCCUUUCUCCCGGCACUUAGCGGAUGGGAGGUCCGUGAAGGUGAAGGGUUCGGGACGGAGUGCCAACGGGAAGACGGGGAAGUCGGAUGAACUUUCCUCUGAGGUCAGCGCCGUGCUGAAGGUGGACAACCGGAUCGUGGGUCGGACUCACUGGAGGCCGCAGGGAAAGGAGGCCUGGGGUCAGAACUUCACCACUGAGCUGGAGCGGUCUAGGGAACUGGAAAUCGCUGUGUACUGGAGAGACUGGCGGGCUUUGAGCGGGGUGAAGUUCCUGCGGCUCGAGGACUUCCUGGACAACCAGAGACAUGGAAUGUGUGUGGAGCUGGAACCUCAAGGAAUCCUCUUCAUCGAGGUCACAUUCAUCAAUCCUGUCAUCGACCGUCCGUCUAAACUCCAAAGACAGAGAAGGAUUUUCCCAAAGGAAAAAGGAAAGAACUUCCUUCGCGCCGCUCAGAUGAACAUGAACUUUGCUACAUGGGGCCGUCUGAUGAUGAGCUUCCUGCCUCCCUGCAAUUCCCCGGAUGCCAUGAGUCCUCCGUUACCGGCUCCUGACUCUGGCUCGACAUAUUCCAGCGGUUCUCCAGCCCGAGAACAUACUGGAACCAGGCUGAAUUUUUCUGAAGAACCAAUCGGUAGAUCUCCACGUCCAUCAAGGAAGGAGACGAGAGAGUCCUCACAGGAAAAGUCUCCUGAUUGGAAAAGCAGCCUGAAACCCAGAAGACAAGCAUCCACUCGUCCUCCUCCACAGUGUGAAGAGCUGAAAAUGGAGGACUUCCAUUGUUUAUCCGUCCUUGGAAGAGGCCACUUUGGAAAGGUUCUGUUGGCCGAGUAUAAGAAGUCGGGGAAAAUGUACGCCAUCAAAGCUCUGAAGAAAGGUGACGUCAUAACACGGGAUGAAGUCGACAGCCUCAUGUGUGAAAAGCGUAUAUUCGAAGUGAUAAACUCGGCUCGUCAUCCGUUCCUGGUCAACCUGCACGGCUGUUUCCAGACUGCAGACCACGUGUGCUUCGUGAUGGCCUACUCUCCAGGAGGAGACCUCAUGAAGCACAUCCACACCAACAUCUUCUCUGAGAAACAAACUCUGUUCUACUCUUCGUGCGUUCUGCUCGGUCUGGAGUUCCUCCAUCAGAACAAAAUAGUUUACAGGGAUCUGAAACUGGAUAACCUGUUGAUGGAUGCUGAUGGAUACGUCAGGAUUGCAGAUUUUGGUUUAUGCAAAGAAGGAAUGGGCCAUGGGGAUCGGACCAACACCUUUUGCGGCACCCCAGAGUUUCUGGCUCCAGAGGUUCUGACUGAAAACAGCUACACCCGCAGUGUGGACUGGUGGGAACUGGGAGUUCUGAUCUAUGAGAUGCUGGUGGGGGAGUCUCCUUUCCCAGGUGACGAUGAGGAGGAAGUGUUCGACAGCAUCGUCAAUGAAGAAGUGCGGUACCCGCGUUCCCUCUCCCAAAAGUCAGCGUCUCUCAUGCAGAAGCUGCUGCAGAAAGAUCCAGAGCUGAGACUGGGAUCCGGAGAGGAAGACGCCGCCGAGAUCAAACGACACCAAUUCUUUCAGGGAAUGGACUGGGACGCCCUCCUGGCAAAGAAGAUGAAGCCACCCUUCCUGCCGGCGAUCAAAGCGCCGCAGGACGUCAGCAACUUCGACGAGGAGUUCACUCGUCUGAAGCCGGUUCUGACGCUGCCUCGGACGCCAUGCGUCGUCACAGCGGAUCAGCAGGACGUCUUCAACGACUUUGACUUCUCCCUGAUCAGCUGACCAGUUUGCUGAUGGUUUUUAAGCUCUCUGAAGGUUUUCUUUUUUUUUUUACACUGGAACGCUGCACUUUGCUCUCUGUCUAACCUGUAAAUAUCCCUGAAGGCCAAAAUCUCUGAAUGUAUCUGAUAGUUUUAAAUUAUUCUGCUGAAAUGUAGAUGUGAGGAAGAUGAUGUAUGAAACCCACCAGCCUGCGUUUAAAGUGACAAUAUAUAAAUAAAAGCUGGACUUUAACUUCUCA